GAGCCCUUCUUGUCUCCCACCUCCAUCCUCUCCUCUGUAGCAUCACUUUCGACGUUGCUUGGGGUUCACACUAUGUCCAACCACAGCGAAGACCGCACGAUCACUGCCACACCCGUCCAAGGAUGCCAUGAGACACUCGAGAAGGACCACCAGCAGCUCGAGAGCCAGCAGGCGCCCGUGUCUGCCGCAGCGCCGCCAGAUGGAGGUAUGGAGGCUUGGUUGACUGUCGCAGGAGCAUGUAUGAUAAACUUCUGCACGUUUGGCUACAUCAACGCAUUUGGGGUUUACCAAGACUAUUACACCCGCGUCCUUCUCUCAGAUAGAACGGCGUCCGACAUAAGUUGGAUAGGUAGCUUCCAGUUAUUCAUGCUAUAUGCCCCCGGAGCGCUAGUCGGAAAAGCAUUUGAUGCCGGUUACUUCCAUCACCUAUCAAGUAUAGGGAUCAUCUUGUAUGUCUUCUCGAUGUUCAUGCUUUCACUCGUACAACCGGGCCAAUAUUAUCAGAUCUUCUUGAGUCAUGGUGUCGGGAUGGGUAUCGGGCAAGGACUGUUGUAUGUGCCCUCGUUGAGCAUCGUUGCUCAUCACUUCAAGCGUAGACGAGCGCUGGCUACAGGUAUCGUGGUGUCUGGUGCUUCAGCGGGCGGAAUAAUCUUCCCAAUCAUGCUCAAUAUACUCUUCGCUGAAUCUGGAAUCGGUUUUGCAAACGGAGUUCGUGCUAGCGCUGCGUUAGUCGCCGGGUUGCUAUUCAUCGCGAAAUUUUUGAUGAAGACACGACCGCCUCCGAAAAUGCCAUCGUCCACGGGCUCCACGGGUUCCACGUAUAUCAAGGAUAUUCUUACGGAUGGCGCGUAUAUAUGGUCCAUAGCAGGUGCAUUCUUAGUCAAUGUUGGGAUGUUCUUUCCAUUUUUUUAUCUGGAGCUCUUCUCGACGGCACAUAACAUCAGUGAUCAGCUCGCAUUCUAUUCACUGGCUAUGCUCAAUGCAGGAAGCUUGGUUGGUCGGGUGAUACCUACAUUUUUGGCUGAUCGUAUAGGAGUGUACAACAUGCUUUUACCAAGCAUCUUCAUGUCUGCAGUCACUCUGUUUGGUCUUAUUGGCGCCAAUAACACGGGAUCCGUAUAUGCAUUGGCAGUAUUGUUUGGUUUCUCAUCAGGAGCAUACGUUUCCCUCAUUCCUUCUCUUCUAGCCACGCUCUGUCGCCAUAUGGGAGAGAUCGGAAUCCGAAUCGGAAUAGCAUUUUCUGUCGUGGCUGUAGCCAUGCUCAUUGGCACGCCAGUGAACGGAGCAAUACUGGGACGUGCAUACAGUUGGAAUUCGGCUAUCAUAUUUUCAGGGAUAUGCAUCUCUGCCGGUUUGAUACUGAUGGUCAUUUCGAGAGUCAUUUUUGUCCGACGUAAAAGAAAUCAGCAGGACUGAAGCACACGAUUUGCACGACUAACGUUCGCGAGGUUUGGUACACUGACGACUGCAUAUAUCACGCACCACAUAGACAACACUAAUAACCAUGCAGCUAUCUUUACAGUAUUAUUAUCAUCUCCAUCUACGUGCAUCUAACUCGAUAGACAGACAUUCACUUAUGCAUGUAAUUUACAGAGACCAUACGUACGAAUCAGCCGCUUUGAACGUUUUUGAG